CCCCCGCCUCAGAUUCCCACGUUCUUCGUCCCUGCUACUGCUUUUCCCCUUUUGCUUCCUUUCCUUCCUGCUAAUCAAAAGAGUGGAGCAGCCAAGCCAAAGACUCAUUUCUCAUUCUCUCUCUCUCUCUCUCUCUCUCUCGCUAGGGUUUGUCAAACCACGACUAACUAGAGAGGAGGAGAGCAUAGCGGUUUUGAGGUGGUAUUGAGCAGAGAGUGGAGUGAAAAUGUCGUCCUCGUCGAGAGGAGGGUCCGAUCAGCCGCCGUCGCAGACGCAGCGGCGGAUCAUGCGGACUCAGACUGCUGGCAAUCUAGGGGAAUCGAUAUUCGAUAGUGAGGUGGUGCCCUCGUCUCUUGUACAGAUUGCUCCCAUUCUGCGUGUUGCCAAUGAAGUUGAAAAAGCCAACCCCAGGGUCGCUUAUCUCUGUCGAUUCUAUGCCUUUGAGAAAGCUCAUCGUUUGGAUCCCACUUCUAGUGGACGUGGUGUUCGACAAUUUAAAACUGCGCUUCUUCAACGCUUGGAAAGAGAGAAUGAUCCAACGCUGAUGGGAAGAGUUAAAAAAAGUGAUGCGCGUGAGAUGCAAAGCUUUUAUCAGCAUUACUACAAAAAAUAUAUUCAAGCAUUGCAAAAUGCUACUGAUAAAGCUGACCGUGCACAGCUGACAAAAGCAUACCAAACUGCUAAUGUCCUCUUUGAGGUCCUGAAGGCUGUCAAUCAAACCCAGGCUGUGGAAGUUGAUCGUGAGAUAUUGAAAACUCAUGAUGAAGUUGCAGAGAAGACUCAGAUCUAUGUUCCUUAUAAUAUUCUUCCUCUUGAUCCUGAUAGUGCAAAUCAGGCAAUUAUGAGAUAUUCAGAGAUUCAAGCUGCUCUUUUAGCUCUUCGUAAUACUAGGGGUCUUCCAUGGCCAAGGGACUAUAAGAAGAAGAAAGAUGAAGACAUCUUAGAUUGGCUUCAAGCAAUGUUUGGUUUCCAGAAAGAUAAUGUGGCAAAUCAAAGGGAGCACCUCAUUCUGUUACUUGCAAAUGUGCACAUUCGGCAGUUUCCAAAGCCGGAUCAACAACCUAAGUUGGAUGAACGUGCAUUGAAUGAAGUGAUGAAGAAACUUUUCAAAAACUACAGAAAAUGGUGCAAGUACUUGGAUCGGAAAAGUAGUCUUUGGUUACCAACCAUACAACAGGAAGUACAACAACGGAAAUUACUAUACAUGGGUCUAUUUCUUCUUAUCUGGGGUGAAGCUGCAAACCUCAGAUUCAUGCCAGAAUGCCUUUGCUAUAUUUAUCAUCAUAUGGCAUUUGAAUUGUAUGGUAUGCUGGCUGGCAAUGUUAGCUCCAUGACAGGGGAGAAUGUGAAGCCUGCCUAUGGUGGUGAAGAAGAGGCAUUCUUGACAAAAGUUGUUACUCCUAUAUAUAAAGUGAUUCAAAAGGAAGCUGCAAGGAGCAGAAACGGCAUAUCGAAGCACUCCCAGUGGAGGAACUAUGAUGAUUUAAAUGAAUACUUUUGGUCUGAACGUUGUUUCCGAUUAGGUUGGCCAAUGCGUGCUGAUGCAGAUUUCUUUUCUCUGCCUACUGAGCAGCUUCGCCUGGAGAAAAAUGGGGACGACAAGCCAACUGGCGGAGAUUGGCGGGUUGGAAAAGUCAAUUUUGUGGAGAUACGAUCAUAUUGGCAUAUUUUUAGAAGUUUUGAUAGAAUGUGGAGUUUUUUUAUGUUGUGCUUACAGGCUAUGAUAAUUGUUGCUUGGAACAGUUCGGGCCAGCCUAGCUCAAUUUUCAGUUCUGAUGUUUUCAAGAAAGUGCUUUCUGUCUUUAUCACUGCUGCCAUACUGAAACUUGGGCAAGCUGUCCUUGAUGUUAUCCUUAAUUGGAAAGCGAGGAGGAGUAUGUCAAAGUAUGUAAAGCUACGAUAUAUAUUGAAAGUUGUUUCUGCUGUUGCAUGGGUGAUAAUUCUACCAGUCACUUAUGCUUAUACUUGGGAAAAUCCUCCUGGAUUUGCUCAAACCAUUAAAACUUGGUUUGGCAAUAAUUCGAAAUCUCCUUCACUAUUUAUUUUGGCUAUUGUUAUUUAUUUGUCACCAAAUAUGCUUGCGGCGCUGUUAUUUCUUUUUCCCUUUAUCCGUCGAUUCCUUGAGAGGUCAAACUAUAAAGUUGUGAUGCUGAUGAUGUGGUGGUCACAGCCUCGACUAUAUGUUGGAAGGGGGAUGCAUGAGAGCACAUUUUCUCUUUUCAAGUACACAAUGUUGUGGGUUCUUCUUAUACUGACAAAGUUGGCAUUUAGUUACUAUAUAGAGAUAAAGCCUUUGGUGAAUCCAACAAAAGCUAUCAUGAGCAUUCACAUAACUAAUUAUCAGUGGCAUGAAUUCUUUCCUCGCGCAAGGAAUAAUAUUGGUGUUGUGAUUGCACUGUGGGCUCCAAUUAUUCUUGUCUAUUUUAUGGAUGUCCAGAUCUGGUAUGCUAUAUUCUCUACACUAUUCGGAGGUAUUUAUGGUGCAUUUCGUCGUCUUGGAGAGAUUCGAACUUUGGGAAUGUUGAGGUCCAGAUUUCAGUCUCUGCCUGGGGCCUUUAAUGCUUGUCUGAUUCCAGAGGAAAAGAGUGAACCAGCCAAAAAGAAAGGACUAAAGACCACCUUAUCUCGGAACUUUGCUGCGAUCCCAUCUAACAAAGAGAAAGAAGCAGCCAGAUUUGCUCAAUUGUGGAACACUAUUAUCAGCAGUUUUAGAGAGGAGGAUCUUAUAAGCAAUAGAGAAAUGGAUCUGCUGCUUGUUCCAUAUUGGGCUGAUCGUGACUUGGAGCUCAUACAAUGGCCUCCAUUCUUACUUGCUAGCAAGAUCCCAAUAGCACUUGACAUGGCUAAGGACAGCAAUGGGAAGGAUCGAGAGCUGAAAAAGAGAAUUGACUCUGAUAUCUACAUGUGUUGCGCUGUUCGUGAAUGCUAUGCUUCAUGUCAAAACAUAAUUAAGUUCUUGGUUGGUGGUGAGCAUGAAAAAAAGGUGAUAGAAUAUAUAUUUUCUGAGGUUGACAAGCAUGUAGAUGAAGGCAAUCUACUUAGUGAAUACAAAAUGAGUGCCCUUCCGAUCCUGUAUGAGCACUUUGUCAAGCUUAUCACAUAUUUGUCAGAGAAUAAGCAGGAAGACAAAGACAAAGUCGUGCUUUGUUUCCAGGACAUGUUAGAGGUUGUGACGAUAGACAUAAUGAUGGAGGAUCAAAUGUCAAGCUUGGUAGAUUCUAUUCAUGGUGGAUCAGGCCUUGAGGGGAUGAUCCCACUCGAUCAACAGUAUCAGUUAUUUGCAUCUGCUGGAGCAAUAAAGUUUCCAGUUCAGGAAACUGAAGCUUGGAAAGAGAAGAUAAAGCGGCUUGAUCUAUUGCUUACUGUGAAGGAGUCGGCAAUGGAUGUACCAUCAAACCUAGAAGCUAGAAGGCGUAUUUCCUUCUUCUCAAAUUCAUUGUUUAUGGAUAUGCCUGCUGCCCCUAAAGUCCGCAAUAUGCUUUCCUUCUCUGUUUUGACUCCAUACUACACCGAGGAGGUUCUAUUCUCAUUGCUUGAAUUGGAAGUGCCAAAUGAAGAUGGAGUUUCCAUCCUUUUUUACUUGCAGAAAAUUUUCCCAGAUGAAUGGAACAACUUUCUUGAACGAGUAAAGUGUAACACUGAAGAAGAACUGAAAGGAUCAGAUGAACUGCAAGAAAAGUUGCGUCUUUGGGCAUCUUACAGAGGCCAAACAUUAACUAGAACUGUAAGAGGCAUGAUGUAUUACCGGAAAGCGUUGGAGCUUCAGGCCUUCCUAGAUAUGGCCAAGGAUGAAGACUUGAUGGAGGGCUAUAAGGCUGUCGAAUUAAAUAUGGAGGAUCAGAUGGAGGGAGAAAGAUCAUUAUGGGCACAAUGUCAGGCUGUGGCAGACAUGAAGUUCACAUAUGUGGUCUCUUGUCAAAACUAUGGGAUUGACAAGCGAUCUGGAAACCCUCGUGCUCAAGAUAUUCUGCGGCUUAUGAUAACGUAUCCAUCCCUUCGUGUAGCUUACAUUGAUGAGGUUGAGGAACCCAGCCAAGACAGGUCUAAAAAGAUAAACAAGGUUUACUAUUCUGCUCUAGUUAAAGCUGGUUUGCAGAAGUCCAGUAAUUCUUCAGAUCCAGUACAAAAUUUGGAUGAGGUCAUAUAUAAAAUAAAACUUCCAGGACCUGCUAUAUUGGGUGAGGGAAAGCCUGAAAAUCAGAAUCAUGCCAUAAUAUUCACACGCGGAGAUGGCUUGCAAACAAUAGAUAUGAAUCAGGACAACUACAUGGAAGAGGCUUUAAAGAUGAGAAACUUGCUUCAAGAAUUUCUUAAAAAGCAUGAUGGCGUGCGCUUCCCUACAAUACUUGGGCUGAGAGAGCACAUAUUUACUGGAAGUGUUUCUUCUCUUGCAUGGUUCAUGUCAAAUCAGGAGACUAGCUUUGUAACUAUUGGUCAGAGAUUAUUGGCGGACCCAUUGAAGGUGCGGUUUCAUUAUGGUCAUCCAGAUGUCUUUGAUAGGCUAUUUCACCUAACAAGAGGGGGUGUUAGCAAAGCCUCUAAGACAAUUAACUUGAGUGAGGAUAUAUUUGCGGGCUUCAAUUCUACACUUCGUGAAGGCAAUGUUACUCAUCAUGAAUAUAUACAAGUUGGGAAAGGAAGAGAUGUGGGCCUUAACCAGAUAUCUCAAUUUGAGGCAAAAAUUGCUAAUGGCAAUGGAGAGCAAACAUUGAGUCGUGAUAUUUACAGGCUUGGACACCGUUUUGAUUUUUUCCGAAUGUUGUCAUGUUAUUUUACCACAGUUGGCUCCUACUUCAGUACCUUGAUCACUGUUCUCACUGUAUAUGUAUUCCUUUAUGGGCGCCUUUAUCUUGUUCUUAGUGGACUUGAGGAGGGGCUGAACAAACAACCAGCAAUUAGGGAUAAUAAGCCUCUUCAAGUGGCUCUUGCUUCUCAAUCAUUUGUACAAAUUGGAUUUUUGAUGGCUUUGCCUAUGUUGAUGGAGAUUGGCUUGGAGAGGGGCUUCCGAACUGCACUAAGUGAAUUCAUACUAAUGCAGCUGCAAUUGGCGCCUGUAUUUUUCACAUUUUCUCUUGGAACAAAGACCCACUACUAUGGAAGGACUUUGCUUCAUGGAGGUGCAAAAUACAGGCCUACAGGUCGUGGUUUUGUGGUGUUUCAUGCCAAGUUUGCUGAAAACUAUCGCCUCUACUCUCGCAGCCACUUUGUCAAGGGACUUGAGCUAAUGAUUCUUCUUCUAGUCUACCAAAUUUUUGGUCAAUCAUACAGAAGCGCAGUCGCUUAUGUCUUGAUAACAGUAUCAAUGUGGUUCAUGGUUGGCACCUGGCUUUUUGCACCCUUCCUUUUCAAUCCCUCUGGUUUUGAAUGGCAAAAGAUUGUGGAUGAUUGGAGUGAUUGGAAUAAGUGGAUAGGCAACAGAGGUGGUAUUGGUGUACCCCCAGAAAAAAGUUGGGAAUCUUGGUGGGAGCAGGAGCAAGAACAUCUUCGCCAUUCUGGAAAGCGUGGUAUUACUGCUGAGAUAUUAUUAGCUUUAAGAUUUUUCAUCUAUCAGUAUGGGCUUGUUUAUCACUUGACCAUUACCAAGAAUACCAAAAGUUUUCUGGUAUAUGGCAUAUCAUGGCUGGUCAUCAUUCUAAUAUUAUUUGUGAUGAAGACUGUAUCAGUUGGACGCAGAAAGUUCAGUGCAAGUUUCCAGCUCAUGUUUCGAUUAAUCAAGGGGCUGAUCUUCCUUACUUUUGUCUCCAUUCUUGUUACUCUGAUUGCACUCCCACACAUGACAAUGCAGGAUAUAUUUGUGUGUAUUCUUGCCUUCAUGCCAACUGGAUGGGGUUUGCUUCUGAUUGCUCAAGCUUGCAAGCCUCUGGUUCAACACGCUGGGUUCUGGGCAUCAGUUCGAACACUCGCUCGUGGCUAUGAAAUUGUGAUGGGCUUGCUUCUGUUCACCCCAGUGGCAUUUCUUGCUUGGUUUCCCUUUGUGUCCGAAUUCCAGACUCGUAUGCUGUUCAAUCAAGCAUUCAGCAGAGGUCUGCAGAUUUCUCGAAUUCUCGGUGGUCACAGGAAGGAUCGCUCGUCUCGGAACAAGGAUUAAUCUCAAGUCAACAACAGCCAGACAGACAUCUUAAAGGAAGGUUCCUUUCUUAUAUUAGUAGAAUCAACGGAGUAGUUUCUUGGUGGGAAAAUUCCUGUUUUCUUACUACUGUUGUAAGCUGCUCCUGAAAUUGUUUAUGUGCAAAGUGUUUUGGGGGCAAGUUAAUUUUUGGAAUGUGUGCUUGCUACUGGCAGACCGUGCAGAUUGUACAAAUCAAUUUAAUCUAAACCCAAAACCAUGACGUAUGCUGAAUCAAUUUAAACUAAACGUGUAGAUGAGUUGCUACCUAAUUUUUCUCUUCUUUUAU